AUCGACGCUCAACGUAAAUGUGCCGAAUCUUCGUCAACUCUUAAUAAAGAGUCUCUUCACGAAGUACGCGUACUUUUAGAACGUCUUGAUUCUUUUACCAGAUCGACGUCAGAAUUAUUUAAACGAGCUAAACAAGAAUCGGAGAAAAUAAUUAUCAAAGUGCAAAAUUUAGAACCACUGGAAGUGGCUACUGAUGAUAUUGACAAGCUUAAUCAAUCAUUCAAGUCGAUUGUCGAUAUUUGGAAUGAGUAUUUAAGUUCAACGAAAAUACGUCUUCAAGAAAGAUUAGAUUUUUGCCUCUUUGGAGAUGAUCUUGAUAAGAUUAAUGCUGAAUUGCGAGAUUUAGCAGAUCAGUUAGCAACAAUUACUGGUUGGUUAGGAGAAAGUCUCUCAACAGCGAAAGGAGCUUCUGAAGCUUUCUUACAAUUUGAAAAAACAUUGGAUAUUCUAUCGCAAAGAAUACAUGAAUUUGUAACGAAUACCGAAAUAUCAGCUGGUAAGCACUUGCCUAAGGUGCAAAAAGAAUUGACAGGUUUGCAAGAUAAGCUAAAAACUUUAAAGCAUCUUACUGAAAUUACUAGACAGAAAAUUAAUGCCAGUAUUGAAUACUUUAAGCUGUUAGAAGAAGCAAAAGAAUGGUUUAAAGAAGGAAGUAAACUUUUAAUUGUGGUUGCAAGAAAAGCAACCUCUGUAAAAAUUCCAGAGGAUGCUACAAUCCUUCUUAAAAAUAUUAAUACAUUUUUAAAACCUGGUGAAGAGAUACAAGAAAAAAGAAUACAAAGAAUUAAAGAACUAUCAACCAGAAUAUUUGGGACGAAUCGGCUGCCCCAAUUCAGCGAUGUGGUGGUAGAGAACCGUGAGAUGCUGGACUCAUUUGCGGUGAUCUCAUCAGAGUUGCGAACAUUGGUGGAGAAUCUUUACAACGCCGAGGACGUGCGAGAGAAAAUCCGCUUCGAGCGUGAAGAAGCGGACGCGAAAAUCAGGGAGGCGAGGGCUGAGGUAAGCGCAGCCCAAGCUGCAGCUGCCGAAGCUGAGACGGCACGGAGAGUUGCCGAACGCGUCGCCGCGGAAACGCUCGAGAGAGCAGCCGAGGAGGCACGCAGGAUAGGUCUUCUGGAAGCAGAGAGGAUUCGCGUGGAGGAAAAGAACCGUCAAGAAAUCACCAAUAGAAUCCAAUUUGAAGAGGUUGUGAACGCGCCCCUUAAGAACCUUGUGCACGAAACCAUUACCAAAGAGAUUCAUAUCAUGGAAAAGACGGAAAUAGCGGAAGAGCACAUUUCUACUAUCAAGCAAGAGCAUUAUCCAAUAAUAGAACAAGACAAGAUUGUAAAAGAUGAGGCAAUAAUUCUUCAUGAGAAGGAGAUCGUACCGAGCGUAGUUGAAGUUUCCGUUAACCCCGAAUUCACAGUUCCACUUUACGAUGCGACAAUCCAAGAAGGUGAAAAAUUCACUUUCGAGUGUCGCAUAGUUGGUUAUCCGAAACCAGAGAUCAGUUGGCACAAAGAUGGUAUUCCGAUUGUAAAUAAUCCAGAUUAUUUGACAAAGUAUGAAGAUAGUGGCUUAUGUACAUUGAUGAUCGAGGAAAGCUUUGCUGAAGAUACGGCUAAAUUUACUUGUAAGGCGACCAAUGCAAUGGGAACUGUUGAGUCUGAAGCUGUUUUGACUGUCAAAGAAACUUCACCUGAAGAGCAAUUGAAUCCACCCGUAUUCGUGAAAGAAUUGAGUCAUUCGGUGGCAAAUGAAAAUAUUUCGCAUCAAUUGGAAUGCAAAGUACAGGGAAAUCCAUUACCUACAGUACAAUGGUUUAAAGAUAACAUUAAUGUCGACAAUUCACCGGAUUAUAUUACAACAUAUAAUAAUGGUGAGGCAAUUUUAAAGAUUGAGAAAAUAUGCCUAGAUGAUAAAGGCAUGUACUCAUGUAAAGCUGCUAAUCGUAUCGGGCAAGCCUCCACAGCUGCGACACUCUCGGUAGAAGAUAUAAUUUAA